AUGAAGCUACCAAAGCUGAUUUCUCCGUUCCGACUAGCCUCUCUGCUGCGGAUCCAGAAGGAUCCGAAGCUUGCCCUAGACCUCUUCCGCAACCCGAAUUUUGAUGGACCCAGUUCUUCAGCAUCCAAGCAAUUUCGCCAUUCUCCACUCUGCUAUGACCUCAUCAUCACCAAGCUCGGGGCCGCCAAAAUGUUCCCGGAGCUGGAAGAAAUCCUCCUCCAGCUAAAAACCCAGACCCGUUUCGCCCCCAAAGAAGUGAUCUUCUGCAACGUGAUCCAGUUCUACGCCCGCGCCCGCCGCCUAGAAGAUGCCACCAAGGUGUUCGAGGAAAUUCCUGCUUUCCGGUGUCAACGGACCGUCCGGUCAUUCAACUCCUUGCUGAACGCGUUUCUGAUGUGCAAAGAAGCUGAUAGAAUGGUGGAAUUCUGUGCAGGUGUCGAACAAUAUGCGGGGGGGCCCGAUGCUGUUACCUACAAUAUACUCUUCCGCUGGUGUUUCUCCAAGGGGAUGGUAGAUGCUGCCCUGAAGCUGUUCGACGAAAUGCUGAGCAGAAACAUUCGCCCCACUGUCGUGACGUUUGUGACUUUAAUUAAAGGGCUCUGUUCGGCUAACAUGUUGGAAGAGGCUCUGAAGCUAAAGAGCGAUAUGGUUAACUUGUACAGAAUCACUCCCAAUGCUUACAUCUAUUCCUCCUUGAUGAAAUUCUUCUGUGUGAAUGGUGAGCUGAACUCAGCGUUCAAGCUCAGAGACGAGAUGAUCAUGAAAGGGAUAGCACUGGACUCCUCAAUCUACUCAACCCUCAUCAAUGCCCUCUUUCAGGGAGGUAAAAAGGAAGAAGCUUUGCAACUGUGGGACGAGAUGAACCGGAGCAGCAGCGAGUGUAAACCCGACACGGUGACUUACAACGUGAUGAUCAGUGGGUUCUGCAGGAACCAGGAUUUCAGCGCAGCUUACCAGAUGUUUGAUGAAAUGUCGAGGAAAGGGCGUAAACCAGACGUGGUGAGCUACAACGUCGUUCUUGAUGCAUUGUGCAAGCACGGGAGAUGGCAAUGUGCGUAUGAGUUGUUCGAGAGCAUGCCAGGGAGUGGCUGUCUCCCAGAUGUGUUGUCAUACAGAAUUGUUUUCAGAGGGCUUUGCGAUGGAAUGCAGUUUGAGGAUGCAGCUUUUGUACUGGACGAGAUGAUCUUCAAGGGCUUUGCUCCUCAUCCUGGCAGCGUGUGUGCUUUUUUUGGUAAGUUAUGUGAGCAAAGGAAUAUGGAAAUGGCGUGGUCAGUCUUGGACACACUUGCUAAGGGUAAUGCGAUCGAUUUAGAUACAUGGGGGAUGGCUGUGGCAGCUGUUGGAUUUGAGGAGGAUAUGUUGAGUAGGAUCCGUAGUCAUGUUGAUAGUUUGGGUAGAUGUUGA